AUGUACGUGAGUUACCUGCAGCUGGACAAGGACCCCGGCAUGUACCCCCACCAGAACCCGGUGUCCCGCCACCCGGGCCUCAGCCUCAGCCCGCAGAACUUCCCGGUCCCCGCCCCGCCGCAGUACUCGGACUUCGGCUACCACCACCACCACGGCAUCAACAACGACCCGCACCCGGCCCAGCAGGCCGGGCCGGGCGGCGGCGGCUGGAGCCCGGCGUACCCGCCUCCUCCUCCUCCGCCCACGCGGGACGACUGGUCGUCCCACCACUACAGCCACACGGCCGCCGCCGCCGCCGCCGCCGCGGCAGCCGCGGCCGCCGCGGCCGGGGGGCCUCCCGCGACGUCCACCAUGCCCGGCGUCGUGGGUCCCAGCCUGGGGUUCAGCCCCCCGGAGUUCCCCGGGCAGCUGCCCGCGUCCCUGAACGCGUCGGCGGGGCAGCUGUCCCCCGGCUCCCCGCAGAGGAGGAACCCGUACGACUGGAUACGACGCACCUCCGCGCCGCCCUCCAACCCAAACGGAAAGACGCGGACCAAAGACAAGUACCGGGUGGUCUACACCGACCACCAGCGGCUGGAGCUGGAGAAGGAGUUUCACUACAGCAAAUACAUCACCAUCAGGAGGAAGGCCGAGCUCGCCACGGCGCUCAGCCUGUCAGAGAGACAGGUGAAGAUCUGGUUCCAGAACCGCCGGGCAAAGGAACGCAAGAUCAACAAGAAGAAGCUCCAGCAGCCGGCCUCCUCCACGACCACGCCCACCCCUCCCACCGGCAGCAACGGCAGCGGAGGGGGAGGAGGAGGAGGAGGGGGCCUCCACGGAAACGGCGGAAGCAGCGUCACCAUGGUGACGAGCAGCAGCGGCAGCAACGGGCUGGGGCCCCCCUCAUCCCUGCCUUUAAACAUCAAGGAGGAGUACUGA